AUGCUAAAAGCACUUAUAAAUGCAACAGGCCAUGUUAGUUUCUUCGUACCAACACGAACAGCUACCGUAUGUGCAAUAGACGUGGAGGAAUUCCCAUUUGAUAAACAGGAUUGCUUGAUCAACAUGAUGACACAGUCAUUUGCUGCUAAUGAAUAUGAAAUCAAUAUUGAUUUAAGUCCAUCGUUAGGCGAGAAUAUAAGCGCUAUUCAGGCAAUGGGAAACGAGGAGUGGCAGAUAACGAAUUUGUGGGUGCAGACAGUAUUUCACGAUGUCGAAGAGCCGUUUGAAAUGCUUGGAAUGGCUCUAUCGAACAUAAUGUCACUAACAUUUAUCCUUGGGAUUCUUGCUACAGCAUUGCCAAAAACCAAAGGUUUACCUAAAAUAGCAAUCUACGUAAUGGUAAAUCUACUCGUCAUGGUUCUUGCGCUUGUUGCCACCAUAAUUCUACCGUAUUUCAAAAUAUACCUUAUGAGUUCCAACAAGGUUACUGGCAAAGUAAACGGAAAAAAAAAAAUAGAAGAAAAUAAAUUCUACCGAGUGGUCGAGUACGGGCUGGUUGCUGUGCUUGAGCUUGCAAACCUCAUCAACUUCAUAGUUCUUAUUGCUUGA